AUGGGGCGCUUAUUUUCGAAAUGUUCCACUGCUCUUGCGUCGAUUGUGUCGGUGUGCCUUUUUCUUGCCGUUAGUUGUGUUGACGGGCAGACGCGCGAGGAAGGAUAUUUCAAUGGAACGGCUAUUGUAUCUUUUGAGCACCUGUUAUCAUUGGAAGCGACGACUUUGUUCAGCUUCCGAACGUGCCGUUCGGGAAGUUUCCUUUCUCAGUCUGGUUUGAGUGGGGAUCGUAUCAAUCUCUAUUUGAAUGAGUCGGGAGACGUCGUUCUGGAGAUUGCACGUCGUGGUGAACCUGAGAUGGUGUGGUCAAUACCAGGGGAUUGGCGAGAUAACAGAUGGCAUGUUGCUGGCUGGGAGUUCACGGGAAACUCCGUGUUUCUAGUAGUUGAUGAACGGAGAGAGCUGAUCACAAAUCGAACCUUGGAUGUUCAUGUGAUCUUUGAUGUCCAUCUUGCCGAAAGCGUGCCAACGGUCAUUGUCGGGAAAGGACUCGACGCUUGUCUUCGCCAAGGACCUAACGUUGUCUUCGAUUCGCCGAAUGUUCAGAGCUUGGAGGUUGAGUGGGUGGAAUGUCGUGAUGUGAUUCCUUAUACUCAGUCUUGCGAUGGAUUUGAUACAAAUCUCUGCUUCUUCGAGCCUUGUGCUCCGUACGGCAAGUGCGUUUUGGAAGAUAAUGGUGGGAACUAUCGGUGCGUCUGUCCGAUUCGCUACAGUGGACGGAAUUGCGAAAUAGAUGGGGGGUCACUUUGUUCGCUACCCGAAUAUUCGUCCCAGUGCCAGAAUGGCGGACAAUGCGUCGAACAGCGGCACGGGGACAGUAUUCGUUGCGAGUGUCCUUCUGGAUUUUAUGGGGAAUUCUGUGAAUACGGAAUGGAUCAUGAGCAUCCAGUAUGCAAGACCAUGACAAUUCAGCUAGGAAAACCCGUGUGUGAGAACAACGGAGCGUGUGUCGAUGACAGUUCAACAAAAGGCUACCGAUGCGUGUGUUCCCCUGGCUUUUCGGGCGAGCAUUGUGAAGAAGAUAUAGACGAAUGCGCUGAUUCUCCGUGCAAUGUGGGUGCGACGUGCGUGAAUGGCGACAACUCGUUUCGCUGUGAGUGUCCGACGGGUUGGACUGGUCCCACGUGCGAAGUUGACGUGAGCGAUUGUGCGCGGCCCAAAUGUGUCAACGGAGGAACCUGUUUCGAAACUUACGGAAGCUUUGUUUGCGGCUGCGCGCCGGGAUUUUUCGGGCGGUUGUGUGAGAAACGGUCGGAAGUGAUCGCGAGGGCAGAAGUGGCUGAUCCGCCAAAUAUCGCUGCUGUGAGAACAAGCGCCGACGCCUGUAGAGGAACGGAAUGUCCGUCCGGAAGUCACUGUGUAAUUAUUGAUGAUCGUGCUCGAUGCGUUUGCCACGAUGGAUACACCGGAGUUUUUCCGCAUUGUGUUGCACUGAAUGCUUGCAGUACCGCACCCUGUCUGAAUGGUGGCACUUGUGAGGAAGACGACGAGUCUUUCAAUUGCACCUGCACUGAUGAUUUCACUGGCCAACUUUGUGGUGAGAGAAAAAGCCGAUGCACUGGGGAAAUCUGUCGCAACGGUGGAAUUUGUUCAGACGUUGCUGGGCGUUUAGUAUGCUCUUGUCCUGCCGGCUUCGAAGGGGAAAAUUGUGAGAUUGAUAUCGAUGAAUGCAGCUCAUCCCCAUGUCUGAAUUCAGUUUCUUGCAUAAAUCUGCCUGGCUCAUUUGCAUGUACUUGCAAGCCUGGAUUUACUGGUCCUCUGUGUGAAUCUGAGAUCGAUGACUGCUUGUCUGCUCCAUGCAAAAACGGUGGCUCUUGUCGAGACGGGGUAAACUCUUACGCAUGUACCUGUCCUGCCGGAUUUGCUGGAAAUUCUUGCGACAUUCCUGAUCCAUCCGGGGUGUGCACAGGAAAACCAUGUGCUAACGGCGCUCCGUGUUUUCCGUCAAGUUUAGCGGAUUACUAUUGCGAAUGUCCCGCAGGAUUCGAGGGCUUGCAUUGCGAGAACAAUAUCGACGAUUGCUUGGGCGUGGAAUGUGCGGAUGGCUUGGUGUGCGUUGAUCUGGUGAAUGAUAAAGAAUGCCGUUGUCCCAAGGGAUUCACUGGCCCACCUGCCUGUAAGGAAGAUAUCAAUGAAUGCUUGUCUAGCCCAUGCAAGAACAAUGGAAGCUGUGUGAAUGGCAUAGGAACGUACUCUUGUGCGUGCUUGUCCGGUUUCACCGGUCAGAAUUGUGAGCUGGAUUUGGAUGAAUGCGAAGUUCUUGAGCCGUGCGUUCACGGGAUUUGCAAAAAUACUGUCGGCUCCUAUCAAUGUUAUUGCCGUCCUGGGUUUUCUGGAAACAAUUGCAACUUCGAAUUCGAUGAAUGCCUCAGUCACCCCUGUCAGAACAACGGAAGCUGCAAAAACAUCAUUAAUGAUUACGAGUGCAUAUGUGCUCCUGGAUACACAGGACACGACUGCGAGAAGGAGAUCGACGAAUGCGAAUCGAAUCCGUGCCAGAAUGGGGCGACUUGCAUAGAUGGCAUUGCGAAGUUUACGUGUAAUUGUUUACCAGGUUUCACCGGCGUUCAGUGUGAAAUCAACAUCGAUGAAUGCGAGUCUUCGCCGUGCUUAAAUGGUGGGAUGUGUGUAGACCAAAUAAACGCUUUCGUUUGCAAUUGCUCGGACACUGGAUUCGACGGUGAAAGGUGUGACCACAACAUUGACGACUGCUUGCCGAAUUCUUGCCUUCAUGGGUCUACGUGCGCUGACGGGAUCAAGGAUUUCACGUGUGCCUGUCAUCCUGGCUACACUGGAAAAAACUGCGAAGUGGAUAUCAAUGAAUGUGAAUCGUCUCCGUGCAUGAAUGGUGCAUUUUGCUUGGAGAGGUCCAACGCAUCCUUGUACCAAAGCAACUUCCGGGGAUUGUUCGAUUCUUUUUCGUAUGAAACUGCUGCAGGCUAUUUUUGCCUGUGUCUCCCGGGUUUCACAGGCCCAAAAUGUGAGACGAAUAUUGACGAAUGCGCAUCCAAUCCUUGUCAGCAUGGUACUUGCGUGGACGGUGUGAACCGUUGGGAAUGCAAAUGUUCCCCGGGUUACGAAGGUGUCGCAUGUGAAAAAGAAAUAGAUGAAUGUCAAUUAUGGAAUGCUUGUGCGGGUGGUUCCACGUGCGUGGAUUUGGUCGCCGACUACCAAUGUGUGUGUGCUGAAGGAUCUGGUGGUAAAAAUUGCUCCGUGGUGCUACGAGGUUGCGACGGAGUUGAGUGCCUAAACGGUGGAAUUUGCUUGCCAUAUUUGGUUGGAGAAAUUGAUCAUCGCUUCAACUGCUCUUGCCCGCAUGGUUUCCGAGGGACGUUCUGCGAAACGUCCACAACCAUGUCUUUUCAGAAUAAUUCGUACAUCGUCGUCAAUUCUGAGAAAAAGGAUGGCUAUGAACUUCGUAUGCGGUUCAGAACGACGCUUUCGGAUGGUUUACUGGCCAUUGGGCAGGGAGAAACCUAUUAUCAACUCAGCCUCCACCAAGGUAGACUGAAUCUGCAAACGAGCUUAUUGAAUAUCUUGGAGGGAGUGACGGUCGGUGAUGGACUGAAUGACGGUGAAUGGCAAGUUGUGGAACUAGUUUUCAAUUCGAGCCACGUGACUUUGUCGGGAAGCGAAGAAGAACGAUCAAAUUCAAGUUGGAAAAGUGUCAAUCCGAAUUCACCUAUGGACGUGGCCAGCAGCAGCCCUCGAUUCCCACUGACUGUUCUGGGAGGUUUCACACCGCAGUUGAGGAACCUCGCGAAAGAUUCUUUCCUGACUGGUUGCAUGCAAGACGUUUGGUUGAACGAAGAAUGGCUUUUUCCGAUGAAGAUAGAACGGGCAUCCAUUGGGUGUCCUCGAACAAAGCAAUGCCAGCCGAAUCCUUGCGAAAAUUCCGGCCGAGUUCCAGGAACCUUUGGAUACCAGAGUGAAUCAUCAAGCAUGGUUUCAGUUGAAGUUCCGGUCUCAGUGCGCCCGAAAUACGCAGAACGAAUUGAAUUUUCCAUGUUCAUUCGAACGCGGGAACCGAAUGGGCUACUUUUUUAUGCUGGUACUUUGCCGUCGCUCGCGGUGUUCCGCGAUCCUACGCAUAUCGUACUGAAACUAAAUGAAGGAAGAAUCAUGGCGUUGGUACAGUUGGAUGCGUCGGAAACUCAGCAUGUAGUGAAAAAGGGGCCUCGGUUGAAUGACGGGGAAUAUCACCUUAUAAAGCUCGCACGUGAUGGAACGAUGCUGAUGAUCUUCAUUGACGAAGUACUGAGACUGAACACGACUUUAACGGUGACUCGACCGUUGGAAACUGAAGUUAUAUACGUGGGAAAUAUGCCGUCGUUGUUGGAAGCGACCACCGAGGAAAAUGCAAUCACGACGAUGAUUUCUGACGGCCGCCCUGUCGAGACCGAUGACUCAUCUCCCUUUGCGCGGCGACGAAAACGGCAAACUAGCAAUGCUCUAGUGACGAGGUUCAAAGGAGUUAUACAGGAUUUUCAGAUCAGCGACGGGGAGGAUGUUCGAUUGAUUCAGUUUUUUCCCAUUGAACGGGGAACUACUUCCGAAAACGACAUUUCUGCGGCGAAUCCAGAGCUGUUGCCAGUUUUGGGGAAUCCUGCGCUGACAGCUGUAAGACCAGGAGUUGUUCUGGACCCGUUGUGUGACUCGAACCCUUGCAUGAACAAUGGAACCUGUUCUUUGCUGUUCGGAGACUUCGCGUGUAAUUGUACGGAAGGUUACAAGGGGAAGCGUUGCGAGAAAAUAAAAUAUUGCAGUCUUUCUGCAACAUCCUGUCCCAGAGCUUCGGAAUGCCGAGAUUUGGAAGAUGGUUACGAAUGCGUCGCAGUCGCCACGUUCAACGGCCGGAAUAGUUCAUUAGCGUACGAGCUUUACAUUGAUGAGCGUCUUUCGAUGGACUUGUGGAACAAAGCUCCGACUGAAGUUGACGUGGAUCUCAACUCUGUAUCGUUUUCUUUCCGUACCACGGAUGGCGGACCCGUUCUUCAUGUCAGUGAUGCGAGAUACACCUUCAUUUUCAUCGUGAAACCGAACGGGGCGUUGGAAUUACAAGCUAAUGGACAUUCAGCCAUCGUUUUGGUCAAUAAUUCCGAUAUCAAGUUCGGUGAAUGGAACAUGGUUAAGUUUGACUUCAUGCAUCCUGGAGACAAUGUGACCGUUGAUGUUCAAGUCAACGGGGAUGAGCUGCCCCAGAUCGUAAUUCCUAUCGACGUGGGAAUGGGACAGUUGACGAACAUGAUCCGAUCCGGCGCUGGUAUUUUCGUUGGAACGUCUGGGCACUUGCCUAAAGCCGGUGGGCCGUCAGGUGAUCUCGACGAGGAAGAACAAUCCACGAACGACUUCACCUAUUCAAUUGUUCGCGACCGAGAUUUCUCGGACACUGGUGACGUACAGAUUCAUGCGAGUGAUUCGCAUUCAGACCCGCAUUUUCGUGGAUGCCUGAACGAAGUUAGAAUCGGUGGAAUUCUUCUGCCGGUGUACAGCAGCGCAGAACUCGGAGACGUUGCAGCGCCUGUACAGUUCAGAAUAACCCGAGAUGGAUUCUCCUUUGUUCGCCAGUCCGAAUGUGUGCUAUGUUACGACGCGGAAUGCAGAAAUGGGGCGAGUUGCGAAGACGCUGUCAACAAUUUCGAAUGUCGGUGCAGCCUCGGGUACGAAGGGAGGUACUGCGAAGUCAAUAUUGACGAAUGUGCUCUGGGACACGAUUGUGGCGAGCAUGGAGCCUGUGUGGACAUGGUCAACAGCUACAAGUGUGACUGUGAUCCCGGCUGGGAAGGCGAUCGUUGUCAACACGAAAUUGACGAGUGCCAGUCGGGGCCGUGUCAAAAUGGUGCCACGUGUAUUGAUCGGUUGAAUGGAUACAGUUGCGAGUGUACGGAAGAGUAUACUGGGAAAGACUGCGCAGAGCUGAAAAUCAAGAACUGCUCACAUUUCCCUUGUAAAAAUGGGGCCACGUGUGUCAAUAUUUAUGAUAAAUUCGGCAAUCCACACAAUUAUUCCUGCGAAUGCGUGGACGGGACCGUUGGAAACAAUUGUGAACUGAUCAUCGACCAGUGCAGGACGUCCCCAUGCAAGAAUCAAGGAACCUGUUUGGGUCGGAUUGGGUAUUACAAAUGCUCUUGCUUCGCUGGAUAUACUGGGAAAAAUUGUGAGAUCGAUAUUGACGAUUGCAUCGAUGCUUUCGGGGAGCCGGUGUGCAAAAACAACGCGAAUUGCACUGACUUGAUAAGCGGAUUCCGUUGUAAGUGCGCCAAGGGAUUCCGGGGUUUGCAGUGUACCGAGGAUAUCGACGAGUGCAAAUCGUACGUUUGUGAAAACGGCGGAACGUGUGAAAAUCGACAUGGUGAUUACGUGUGCCACUGUGCGGAGGACUUGUGUGGACCGCAUUGCGAAUACAAUAAUCCCUGCAUGACUCUGCCGAAGGAACGAGCCUGCAGAAAUGGCGGGAUUUGCGUUCCAGAUUGCCUGAGUCCCAAGCACCUUCACUAUCGGUGUGACUGUAAUUCGUCGUACGCAGGGGAUUUAUGUGAACAUGAGGUUGUGGAAGUAUCUGGUGCAGGACCAGGGAAGAUAGUGCUGAUAUCGGUAGCAAUCUUGGCUGCCCUAUUCUUCAUGGCUGCAGUCGGCCUCAUCAUGUUCAUCAUGAUGGCGAGGAAAAAGCGAGCUACUCGAGGGACAUAUUCCCCGUCGAGGCAAGAAAUCUACGGAUCGCGAGUGGAGAUGGGCGCUGUGAUGAAGCCGCCGCCAGAAGAGCGCCUGAUUUAGAUGAAACUUGGCAGCAUCGCAAUCCUUCAAUGAGCUUCUUCCACCUGCGCUUUGUAGGAAGCGGUUGGAAACAUUUCAUAUUAUUUUUUUCCUGUUCUUGCUCUAGUCGUGUUCUUCGGUGGGAACAAGAGCCUUGCGCUCGUUUUUUGUUUGUUUUUUAAAAACUUGGACGGACUUGGACUCAUGAUCUUGCUAAUAAUCGUUAGGCAUUAUGUGUGUCCAAUCGUCUUUUUUGUGCAUUUUCGCCGUUUGAUCCCCGUUGCAAAAGAUAUUUUUUGGCAUCUAGCAAAAUCAGAUUUAGCUGUGUUCAAUGUAUGUAUCGCUCAUCUGUUCACUGCGCUCACUACUUUUUUAUUGCCAUUUUUGAAGUGAAGGAAUUGACGGGAAGGGCAGUUGGUAGGAUGAGGUUCGCCUUGUUCUUCGUUUGUUUUGACGAGUUUGUUGGAAAAUUUUUUCGUUGAAGGGACGUUAUGUGGAAGGGCUGUUUGAUCUGCUCGUUCUUGAUGCUUCGGCUUUAUGGAUCAUUUCUGAGUUGAAAAUUGUAAGCGCUCUUUUUGUUCUUUUUCUUUUUUUAGUGUACCGGUGUUAUGAUCGCAAUUGCGCAUGAUGAUUAAUUUGUUUUUCAAUUUGGUCGUGGCUUCAUGAUCCGUCCAGUGCCACCGAACUUCAGUUGAAAAGUUGAGCGAAUGAAGGAAUUGCAACGUGAUGGAAAGUUCAGUAGUAAUUCGGGUAUAUGUGAGAAGGAAAGGUUUGCCGUCCGUUGAAGUGAAGCGUGGAUGUAACCGUAAUGUUGAUAUUUAUAGCGUAACUUGGAGUGUCAUUCCUUGAGACAAGUUUUCCAGAACCACUUCCUGGGGGACGGAGAAAGUUGGGCCGCGAUUAUUUUGAUCUCAAGCUUCGCGGCCUCCAGGUUGUUGUACUCCACCGGGGGGGGUUUUCAGUAUUUUUUAGCCGCUUGCUUCCGACCGGGGUUUUUUUUUAUGCUGAUGAAAGUGUUGUGAAACGUGUUUUUCCGUCCAGGAGAUUCCAUAGAUGAUGUUGAGUGAAGCGUAUAUUUUGAUCAAACAAAGUUAAACCAAAAGUUUCGCCUUAGAAUAUGUGGAAACGGCAGCAACGAAUGUACAUAUUAUCAGCAUUGUACGCUAUUUUCCCUCCAUUUUUUAUUUGCCAAGGGUCCAUGUCCUGUACAGGAACACGAAAAUGCUUUACGGAGUCACGACGAGUGUGUGGUACGUUUACUGUAAAAUUCGUUGCGCGUGUUGUCCAUUCUCGCGGAGAUCUGAUGGACGAGGCGAACAUUCCUCGGAACUUAGGACUAGGCAUGCUAUUUUAAGCUGAGAUGAUCGUUUCUGUAUGGGAUUUGAAUGGUGUUUGUCACCGGAAAAUUUUAAGAAAUAAAGCUGCUCAUGGUUUUUAAUCGAAAAAAAAA